AUGUGUGACUACUUCUUGCAAAGGAUGGAGGGGGAGCAGGCCGGAGACCUCGCUGACAUCGUCCGGGCCGGCGGUGCUGCUGCGGCGGGCGGUGGUGGCGGUGGUUCAGGUAGCUGCGGCGUCCCGUCGACGGCCAGUACUGAAUGGCAGCUACCGCCGGCGGGGGAGACGGGGCUCUUCCCGCUGCCGCCACCGUCGUCGUCGGAUGGCUCGGGCAUGAGUAGUGGGGCAGAUGCCUUCGGGGACCCAUUCGCUGGCCUCCCGGACCCGUUCGGUGGCGACUACCCCUCCUCGUCUGCCGGAGCUGCGGCUGACUUCUUUGACGCCGUCGUCACGGGCUCAAUGGACGCCGGGGGCGUGGCCAAGGCCGGCUUCGUCGACCUGGGUGUCGUCGGUGGUGGUGGCUGCGACGGAGGCGUGGAUGGUGGUGGAGGAGGAGGGUUGCUGGGCAUGAGGAAACCUAUCUUGCCGAGGGGCGCCAUGCAGAUGAUGCCGUCGGUGUCGCCGAGGGCGAUACGGCCGUACCCCAUCAUGGCCGGUCAUGACGCGGUGAAGCUCGGCGUGCCGAUGGCCGGCGGGCCCUGCGCGUUCGACGCCGCCGCAGCAGGGCUGCACAUGUCGUCGUCGCCGCGUGCUGGAGGCGGGAUCAAGCGCAGGAAGAACCAGGCUAGGAAGGUGGUGUGCAUUCCAGCACCUGCAGCUGCAGGAGGGAGGACCAGUGGGGAGGUUGUUCCUUCUGAUCUCUGGGCUUGGAGGAAGUAUGGCCAGAAGCCUAUCAAAGGCUCUCCCUACCCAAGAGGGUACUACAGAUGCAGCAGCUCGAAAGGAUGCUCGGCACGCAAGCAGGUGGAGCGCAGCCGGACCGACCCCAACAUGCUCGUCAUCACCUACACGUCGGAGCACAACCACCCGUGGCCGACGCAGCGCAACGCGCUCGCCGGCUCGACGCGGUCUCACCAUGCCAAGAACAGCAACAGCAGCAGCAGCUCGUCGGCCUCCAAGAACAACUCCUCGCACAGCUACUGCCACCAGACGAAGCCACCUGUCAAGGCGGAACCCAACGAUCAAGCCGCCGCCGCCGUCGCCGCCGCCGCGACGACGAGCACGACGGCCACCACCACGGGAACCACGGGCGCCGGUAUACCUGUGAAAGAGGAGGCCAUGGCAGGGUCGUCGUCGGGAACAUUCCAGAGGCAGAAAUCCAUGGAUGACAAUGCUUCUGCUGCAGCCACGGCGGCGGCGGCGGCGGUAGAGCAGCACAGUGAUCUCAUGCAGCAGAUGUUCAGCCAGAGCUACAGGCCGACGAUACCGGAGGGCGCCGGCGGCCACCAUGACGACUUCUUCGCCGACCUCGCGGAGCUGGAGUCAGAUCCCAUGAGCCUGAUCUUCUCCAAGGAGUACAUGGCGACCAAGCCAGGUGGUGACCCUGACAAGGAGAACACCAUAGGCAAGGAGUUGGAUCCAGCGUACAUGCUGGAUUGGUCUACCACUGUUGGCACUACAGCUGGUGGGAGCUCAUUUAUGCAAGGGGAGGGAGGUAAUUUAUGACAUUAAUCACUUUGAAACAAAGGCAAAGUUAUAUGCGAAUUCAAACACCGAUCAUGGUAUGUCUAGAUCUCUCUAGAUAAUAAUUAACCAAAAGAUAAUGAGAACAACAAAAGCAAAAAUGUGAGAGCUAGAGGGCAUUUUCUCCUCU